CUGUAUCCAGCUGGGUGGCAGGCGGAUCCAAGGGUCACCAUGAAGUUUCCAGGACCCCUGGAGAGCCAGAGGUUGUCUCUCCUUCUGGAGACGGCAAUCUCUAGAGAAGCUCAAAUGUGGAAAGCACAUGUGCCGAAAAUUCAGCCCAAUCAGGAUGUAGCCAUUUCUCCAAAGCAGAGGGAUGAGGUCAUUCAGUGGCUGGCCAAGCUCAAAUACCAGUUCCACCUUUAUCCAGAAACGCUCGCCCUGGCCAUCAGUCUUUUGGACAGGUUUUUAGCCACAGUAAAGGCCCGUCCCAAGUACCUGAACUGUAUUGCAAUCAGCUGCUUCUUUCUCGCCGCAAAGACCAUCGAGGAAGAUGAGAGGAUUCCAGUACUGAAGGUGCUGGCUCGGGAUAGCUUCUGUGGUUGCUCUCCAGCUGAAAUCCGUAGGAUGGAGAAGAUUAUCCUGGAUAAACUGAACUGGGAUCUUCACAUGGCCACACCACUGGAUUUCCUUCAUAUUUUCCACGCAGUCGCGGUGUCCAACAGGCCUCAGCUUUUGACCAUCCUGCCCAAGCUGAGUCCCUCGCAGCACGUGGCGGCCCUCACCAAGCAGCUGCUGCAGUGCAUGGCCUGUUACCAGCUGCUGCAGUUCAAGGGCUCCAUGCUGGCGCUGGCCAUCGUCAGCCUGGAGCUGGAGAAGCUGCUCCCCGACUGGCUGGCUCUCAUCAUCGAGCUGCUCCAGAAGGUGCAGAUGGAGAGCGCGCAGCUCAUCCACUGCCGUGAGCUCGUGGCACAUCACCUUUCCACCCUGCAGGCUUCCCUGCCGCCCAACUCUGUAUAUGUCUACAGUCCCCUCAAGCAGACCCUGGUGACCUGUAACAGAGGAGUGUUCAAAUGCCAGCCCUCCUCUGUCCCAGGGCCAGGUUUCUCCAAGGACAACGGCAGGCCAGAAGUGCCCGUCACAGGUACAGCCGCGCUCCAGCAGCGUCUGCCCGCUCCCGCCGGCUGCAAGCAGGCCUCGGCCAAGCGCAAAGUGGAAGAGAUGGAAGUGGACGACUUCUACGACGGCAUCAAGCGCCUCUACAACGAGGACGCGGCUCCGGAGGUGGUGGCUCUGGAAAGCAAGGGCUCCGUUUGCGGCGCCGACGUCUCGAGGCAGGAGGGCAACGUUUCCCCUUGUCCGCCUUUGCAGCCAGUGUCCGUUAUGUAGCCGGGGGCGCCGCUCGAGCGGCUGCUCCCCAAACCUCGCCGGACCUGGCACCGGGUAUUUGCAGUGGGGGGAGAAGGGGCCCAUACCUUGUCAGGCUGAACUGAAGGGAGCCAAAAAACAGAAAAAAAAAAUCCCAACCCUUUUUUGGAUUUUUUUCUUGUGCGGCUAAUUAUAGUUCCACUAUUUAAGCACUUAAAAACACAAAAAAGUAUAAAAAAUUUAUAAAAGACCCAAAAACUAAACAAAAAAAAGUAGCAAAAAAUUGUUCCUUUCUAGUGUUGUCAGUUCCACUGUUUUUCUGCUCCUGUGUGUUGUAACCCAUUCUCUAUGUCCGAGAGCUCACAUCGGUUGUGCAGAGUUGUUUCAGGUUUCCCAGACAAGUAACACCCCUCGGAUCCAGUUUCCUUCUGCUCCUUGCUCUCCUCCUGCUUGCUCCUGUUUUAAUUCUCCGCAAGUCUUGUGCAUGAUGUCCUGUACUACCUGACCUUCAUGACAGGGUUUUUUUCUUCUUUUUCCUUCUGAAGAAGAAUACUUUUUUUGUUUUGUUCGUACUUUGAUGUUUAAAUGUGAUACUAUUUAAAAAACUGGAUUUUAAAAAAGGUUAGUCAGGAAAAAAAACACAGAAACAGUGGUUGCAAACUGCUCCACUCCUAAGUAACCACAGGAGCGUGAACGUACUCUAGAAGAUUAGUGCGCCCAGCCACCUGCCCUCUGCACCUCCACAGACACCCCUCCAGCUAAGCACUGUCUGCUUUGAGACAGAGAAAGCAGUUGUUAGUGAACUCAACUAGGUCACUUGAACAAAAAGGGUAUUUCUUACCUGUUAGUUCCUUACCAGGAAAUACAGCACUCAGUGUGGAUAUGCACCAACACUCAACUCUCCACACCAAGUGUAAACCUUAAAUUUCACAACGAGUCUGCUUUUUCCAUCUUUAUAACCCUUUAGCGUGGGACCAGGACGGCUCAGUGAGGUGCUAGAGUGGCUAGUAGGCUUGAACGAUGUGUAAUUACCCAUCACAAAAACCCCAAAAGACCCUUAUCCCCAAGUUUUGUGUUCAUGUAACUUCUAACCCAGAGCAAAACCUUUCAAAGCGCGUCUCUCAAUGUUACGCCUCUCUUUC